AUGAAUUCUGCUUCCUCAAACACGUCCACAGCUGGCGGGAAAUCGGUCAACGUCUCCUCGUCCCAUUCGCCUCUUCAUCAGCAGCAGAGUCAGGUUGUAUCUCCAACCUUCGAAUCGCGCCGUUCUGCUGGUCACUCAGUGCCAGCCCAUUCUACCCCGUCUCCCAGGAACAAUCAGGGAAAUCGGAGGCAGCACAAGAACUCCAGGAAGCCGAGACUCGCGGAUGAGGAUGCAAUGGCGGAAUCCGGAGUCAUGAGAAAUGCCAACAGCCGCCGAGGCCAGACCUCAAUCACUCACCUUAUGAACUUUACCCUCCCACCUCGACCGCAAGACCACCGAAAUACCUUAGGACGAGGUACAAGGAGGGGCAAUAUCUAUGGGAUUGGAUCUGGCCAUCAUUCAAGUGACAAAGCCCGGUACAUUCAUGCCAACUACAGGUUCAUUGUCAAGCCCAACGGAGAUUACAAGGCGCAAGCAAUCAACGCUGACCAGCAUUUGGAUUGGAAUGAUGUUCUACAAAUUCUUGCUUCUUCUGUAUCUCAAGAGUCUUCGUGUCCGAUUUGUCUCUCCCACCCGGUUGCACCACGCAUGGCAAAAUGUGGUCACAUCUUCUGCCUACCAUGCCUCAUUCGAUACAUGCAUUCGACUGACGACACCAAUUCGAUCCCCGAAAAGAAAGCUCGCUGGAAGAAAUGUCCGAUAUGUUGGGAUACCGUGUAUAUAUCCGACACCAGACCUGUGAGGUGGUACACAGGCCAAGAAGGGGUUCCGCCACGGGAGGGUGACGAUGUGGUAUUAAGGCUAGUCAUGCGUGAACCUGGAAGCACGCUAGCAUUGCCACGCGAUGGUGCUGAAGUUCCCUCGAAGUCUGAAGACAUCCCCUGGUAUUUUGCUGCAGAGGUUAUGGAUUAUGCUCGAAUCAUGAAAGGCAGUGAAGAGUAUAUGAUGGAGCAAUAUGACUCCGAGAUCAAAGAAAUCCAGCAUCAGGAGAAUGAAGACGAGUUGAUGUUUGGGGAGGAGCCGGAGUGGACGAGAAAGGCUGUCAACGCGGUGAACGAGGCGAAGGAGAGGAUAAAAGGAAUUGGCGACCCACCAGCUGCUGCCAAGCAGCCAACGGAGAGGAAGCCCAAGAGACCACCAAUCCAAUUUACGACUACUGAAGAGGAUGUUCCCGAGAUAUAUUUCGUUCAACAUGCAUCCAAGUCUGGAUUGAAUCUGCCUAAUGGAUUUUCCACGCACGGGACACCAGAAGUCAUAUCUGACCAGCUAACGGACGACUCAACCACCAGUCAGCCAUCACCAGCAACUGAACCUAAGCCAAUACCUCCUCGCCCUCGGUCAGUGCAUCCACGCUCGAACCACAACGAGGCUCAUCAUCCUGACUCGCCGUACUAUUUCUAUCAAGCUUUACUUCACUACUACCUCGCCCCGUUAGAUAUCCGAAUUCUGAAGUCCGCUUUUGGUAACUUUGCUUCGUUUCCUUCAACACUUCUUCCUCGCGUUGAGCGUGUUUCCACUGGCCAUAUAAUGGAUGAUGAAUUACGAAAACGAACCAAGUACCUGUCUCACCUUCCCUACGGCUGCGAAGUCGGUUUCCUUGAAUGCAACUGGACCGAUGUCGUUUCUCCGGAGGUCUUAAAGCCAUUCAAAGAUGAGAUUGAGAAGAGGCGAAAGCGCAAUAGAGAUAAAGAGACUCGUGAAGAGAGAGAUAGACUGCGUGCAGAGAAGGCAGAAGACGAUGCCCGCUGGGCGACUGCAAGAAGGAAACGACCCAGCAUUCCCUCAGAGAGUUUUUCUGGAGAUGACUUCCAUCCUUUGGUACCAUCUUCCCUUGAAGCCAACAAUGCAUCACCGCCUUGGCCUGACCGCCAAGGUUCGGUGUUCGCAUCACUGGCGUCGCCGUCCACGAGCCCAAGUGCGCCCAGAACUGUCUGGGGCACCACCCUGAUCACGCCACCAUCCCCAGACGUCCAUCCUCAGCAGCCAGAACACGACGGCGAUGAUGGCUGGCUGCAAUCUUGGGAGCAAGAACUGCUCGCAGAGAAUGAGCUGAUCGCCCAAGUAGCAGCCACUUCUCUGAAUGGACAAAGUAGUGCUGCCACCCCAGGCCAGGGGAAAAAGAAGAAAGCAAAGAAGAUUACUCUCAUGAGUACUACUGCUAGAAGAGCAGCUUGA